AAUUAAUCGCAGCCAAUUCGCGUCUGUUGAAGUGCCGGUCUUGCGAUAUGUUUCCGUCGGUAGAAGUGCGUUGUUCAUAAUAUCACUAUCAGUCGCCUCGGCUUUAUUCUAAAUCUUGUACAUCAGUCAUGGAUUCGAGACCAUUUCCACGCAAAGCUCGGUUGGGAGUUAUCGUACCGUCAUCAAAUACAGCACUGGAACCGUUAACGCAGCAAAUGAUUCUCAGUCUUGCACAGGAGGGAAUAAAAGCUAGCCUCCAUUUUGCGAGAUUCCGCGUUACGAAGAUCGAACUCUCUGACGAUUCAAAAUCCCAAUUUACCCUGGAGUCAAUGCUUGAGGCAGCGGGACUAUUAGCCGAUGCGAAAGUCGAUAUCAUUGGCUGGAGCGGCACAUCCGCAUCCUGGCUCGGGUUUUCUUCCGAUGACACUUUAUGUCAAAUGAUCGAGAAUACCACCGGCAUUCCAGCAACAUCAUCGGUCUUGGCAAUGAGGGAUAUCCUUCUUCGAAGCGUGGCUCCAGAAAUCGGCCUCGUGACACCAUAUAUAACAGAGGUUAAUGCUGCAAUUUGCGACAACUUUGCAAAAGAAGGGCUGUCUAUAGCAGGAACAAGAUCUCAAUGCUCCGGCUUGACGUCAAACUUUGAUUUCGCGGCUGUUCAAGAGCAAGAGUUGGAUGAAAUGGUCUCACAGGUUGUCACAAACGGGGCCCGGGUCAUUCUCAUCAUGUGUACCAACCUCGCGGCUGCACAAAGAGUGAUAUUCUGGGAAAGAAGAUAUUCUGUUACGGUUCUAGACUCAGUUGCAACCGUAUUGUACGGUAUGCUUCGACAACUUGGUAUAGAAACAUCAGGACUUGCUAGUGAGUGGGGUUCGUUAUUCAAUAUGAGAACAGAACCGGUCCACGACACAUAGAUAGUUGUAGUAGGAAACAAGCUAGCGGUAGAUACUGGUACUUAUUAGCAUAUGCUUGAGUUGUUGACAAUGUAUUUUCCGGU